CCAGGUGCUCUGGUGUGGACUGGAAGCGCCGGCCCCGGCGGAUUCACUGGAGCACGGACGCUGCGGCCGGUUGGGCCGGUGCCCUUUCCCGCUCUGGGAAGGAAGAGAGAUGGAAUUGAAAAGGUUGGGCGUUUCCUGGCAAUUCUUGGUAGUUCUGGUUCUGAUCCUGCAAAGCCUGUCUGCGUUGGAUUUUGACCCAUACAGAGUCCUAGGGGUCAGUCGCACAGCCAGCCAGGCUGACAUUAAAAAGGCAUACAAGAAGCUCGCUCGGGAAUGGCAUCCUGACAAAAACAAAGACCCUGGAGCAGAGGACAGGUUCAUUCAGAUCAGCAAGGCUUACGAGAUUCUGUCCAAUGAGGAAAAGAGGACAAACUACGACCACUAUGGUGAUGCCGGCGAGAACCAAGGCUAUCAGAAGCAGCAGCGCGAGUAUCGCUUCCGCCAUUUCCAUGAGAACUUCUAUUUUGAUGAGUCCUUUUUUCACUUCCCCUUCAACUCGGAGCGGCGGGACUCAAUCGAUGAGAAGUACUUGUUGCACUUUUCACACUACGUGAAUGAAGUGGUUCCCGAUAGCUUCAAAAAGCCCUACCUCAUUAAGAUCACGUCCGAUUGGUGCUUUAGCUGUAUCCAUAUUGAGCCUGUCUGGAAAGAAGUGGUCCAGGAACUGGAAGGACUGGGAGUGGGGAUUGGUGUUGUCCAUGCUGGGUACGAAAGACGCCUGGCUCAUCACCUGGGAGCACACAGCACCCCCUCCAUCCUAGGGAUCAUCAACGGGAAAAUCUCCUUCUUCCACAACGCAGUGGUCCAUGAGAACCUACGGCAGUUUGUAGAGAGUCUUCUUCCAGGAAACUUAGUGGAGAAGGUCACAAAUAAAAAUUAUGUGCGGUUCCUCUCUGGCUGGCAGCAGGAGAAUAAGCCACACGCCCUCCUGUUUGGCCAGACGCCGGCAGCGCCACUGCUGUACAAGUUGACAGCUUUUGCAUACAAAGAUUAUGUGUCAUUUGGAUAUGUGUACGUCGGCUUGAGAGGAAUGGAAGAGGUGACCAGGCAGUACAACAUCAACAUCUAUGCCCCCACCAUGCUGAUCUUCAAAGAGCACAUCAACAAGCCUGCUGACAUGAUCCAGGCUCGGGGGCUGAGGAAGCAGGUCAUGGAGGACUUCAUUGCCCAGAACAAGUACCUGCUGGCAUCGCGGCUCACCAGCCAGAGGCUGUUCCAUGAGCUCUGCCCCGUGAAGCGGUCUCACCGGCAGAGGAAAUACUGCGUGGUUUUACUGACAGCUGAAGCUAACAAACUAAGCAAGCCCUUUGAAGCCUUCCUGUCCUUUGCACUAGCAAACACUCAAGACACAGUGCGGUUUGUGCAUGUCUAUAGCAGCCGGCAGCAGGAAUUUGCCAGCACCUUGCUACCGGACAUAGAAGCGUUCCAAGGGAAGUCAGGGGUGUCCAUCUUGGAAAGGCGAAACACAGCAGGGAGGGUGGUGUUUAAAACCCUGGAAGAUCCCUGGACCGGCAGUGAGAGCGAUAAGUUCAUUCUUUUGGGUUAUCUGGACCAGCUGCGAAAAGAUCCAGCAUUUCUGUCCUCAGAAGCUGUGCUCCCUGACCUGACUGAUGAACUGGCUCCUGUAUUUUUCCUCCGGUGGCUCUACUCUAUUUCUGACUACCUCUCAGACUUCUGGGAGACCCUGCUUCACAGUAACUGGCGGGAGAUGAUGCCAUUGCUGUCCCUCAUCUUCUCAGCCCUCUUCAUCCUCUUCGGCACUGUCAUUGUCCAGGCCUUCAGUGACUCAAAUGAGGAGCGAGAGUCACACCCUCCGGACAAAGAGGAAGUUCCUGAGAAGGCUGGGAAGACUGAGCCGAGCUUCACCAAAGAGAACACCAGCAAGAUUCCUAAGAAAGGCUUUGUGGAGGUAACUGAACUCACAGACGUGACGUACACCAGCAAUUUGGUGCGCCUGAGGCCCGGCCACAUGAAUGUGGUCCUCAUCCUGUCCAACUCCACCAAGACAAGCCUGCUGCAGAAGUUUGCUUUGGAAGUCUACACCUUCACUGGGAGCAGCAGCCUCCACUUCUCCUUCCUCACUCUGGACAAACACCGGGAGUGGCUGGAGUACUUGCUAGAGUUUGCUCAGGAUGCGGCCCCAAUCCCAAACCAGUAUGACAAGCACUUUAUGGAACGAGACUACACUGGCUACGUGCUGGCCCUGAAUGGCCACAAGAAGUAUUUCUGCCUUUUCAAGCCACUAAAGACAGUGGAUGAGGAGACCGUGGGCUCCUGUGACCCUGACUCCUCCCGAGGGAAGCCUCCCUGUGGCCUUGGGCCCAAGCCCCUGAAAGGCAAGCUGAGCAAGUUGUCCUUAUGGAUGGAGCGCCUGCUGGAAGGCUCCUUGCAGAGGUUCUACAUCCCGUCAUGGCCCGAGCUAGACUGAGCCAAGGACUUCAGAUUGUAACGUGCCCCAGGAACAGGGACUUUCAAGAGAGUCUCGAGUGUAGAUUUCUCUUCUAGAGCAAUGGCUAGAAGACCUUCCCUUUGUCACCUAGGAGUAAAAUGCACCGCAGGUUUGAUCCCUAGAUGGAAACCUUCCUCUUUGGGUUUCCUUACCCCUGAAUGAACGCUGCACUACUUAAAUGGACUGGCCAGCCCCCCUUCUUUGCUAUCCCCAUAACAUGCUCACACCCCCUGUCCUUACAUUGGAGAAAUCCAGGGCUUGACCCUGAGCCGUGCCUGGAUGAACCUCAGGAUCUUCAUGAGCCUGUCAUAUGGGGUGGGUCACUCACCUCUCCCCCACCCCUUGCAGCAGGCUCCUGCUGGCCCCUGCUUAGCCUCUGCCAAGGUGCGUGCUCUCAACACGGGACAGCCAUCCUCGAAAGAGGCCCAGUUGUAAGCCCUUUACCAUGUGACUGUGCUUUUGGGAGCAAGCUUUGAGAAAUAUAUUUUGGGGGUAUCCCCCACAACAGUUGGCCAACCAUGGUUUUGAGAAGAAAGGGGUACGCAGGGGGUGAGUGUGCAGCAUUCACAUUUGGUCUCCCCACCGAGAGGAGGGGAGGAUGAGCACUGGCUGGAGGUGCACAGACCUGUUGAUUCUGCGUGAGCUUCCCUUGUCCCUUCCUGUCCCUCACCGCACUCCUGUCAGCACACCACAGCCAGGGCCUUGCCAGCCCUGGACCUGAGCUGCUGACCUGCCUCCAGAUGCCUUUUUGCCUCUGGAUUUUAGAGUUUGAUACUAGGAGCCAUAUCCUGUGAUCUUGUUCUCUGAGCGUACAUAGGCUGCUAUAGAGCCGGUAGAUUUAAGAUGGCAGCACUUAUUCCUAGCCACCAAGAGCUAGGUGCAGGAACCCUUCCUGCCUUGCUCUCCAGUAAAACACCAGGCCUGUCUUCAUACCAAGGAACCUGGCCUCUCUAACAAUUGCAUUUUGAACAUUGUUGUCCCCAAAGAGCUGAAUCUUCAAGUCGUCUCUUGUGACUGUGAGCGGAGACUUGUCCGGACUCCUGUCCAGUAGGCAGCUAGCUUCUUACUUCUGGCGUCUCUGCUUUAUGGUUUCCUCCUUCCCUUCUUGCUGCUUCCUGCUGCCAGAUCAGACCCAUCAGCUCCAGCUUGCCUGGCUCCACAUACCUUGGGCUCAGGGCCGGAUCAUGCUCGCCCGCUCAAGGGUGUACCCUUUGUUUUUAGAGCCAAACCAUGAGGGGAGUUUGGACAACUGUCACACAUGGUGUGUUCUACUGUCAAGCAAGUGCCCUUUUGUAAAGUGAAGGGCACAAAUCAGGGACCGGACAUUCACUCAGUGAGUAUUCUCCAGUUGUAAUUGCUUUGAACCAAGCACCUCGGAUCCUGACUACUUCAAACACUGAGCUCCAGUGGUAAGUGAUAAAUUAUUUGAACCCAGGAACUCUGUAGUUUUCAAAGAGUCUUUAGCUUUAUUAAAAAAAAUAAAGAAAACACUGCCAGGCUUCGUUCUUCCAUCGAACCCUCUAGAAGUACAUGCCGAUUCGUGAAGCUGCCUCUCAGCGCCUGGCCCAGCUAGAAAGGGGGAAGGUGGUCUUGGGUCCUCAGUGCCCAGUCCUCCAGUGUGUUUCUGGAGGCUGAGGGUGAGCUGGGGUAGAACACUUGCCUGGCAAGAGAACAGCCCAAGUUCCACCCCCAGUAUCACACACAGAGACGGUGGUUUCUUUCUCUAUUUUUAUGGCUGGGCUCCUCUUAGGAGUUUGUUUUAACUCAUUGAUAGAUUUUUGUCUUUACUUUUCUGAAGCUGGUAAAAUUUCUUGACAUGUAAUUUCUGAAAACCAAAAACUCCCCAGAUGUUUGUUCUUUUCUCAAAACUGUACCAAGAAGAUAAAAUGUUUUUCUAUUCGAGGAGGCAGAGAAGAGUGGGGACAGGAUUGACAUAAUCCCUGCAGACCCGAUGGGGAUGGGUAUCUACCAGGGACACUGUGGAGCGUUGAUUUGAUUGCUUGCUUUAAAACAAGAGUCUGACUAUGUAGCCCAGGCUGACCUCCAACUCAAGGCCCUCCUGCCUCAGCCUCCCAAGUACUGGGAUUACAGGUAUGCACCACAAGUCUACCUUUGACAGAUACAAGCCUUUCUUCCUGAAUGUUGUUUCUAUGAAUUGUUUAUUUUUGUGUCAAAUGUGAGCUGUAUUUAUGCUCAGCCAAAUGCCAAGGUCUCUCGUCCUACUGAAUGUCAUCUCACAGGAACCCAGGCAGCCUGUGAGGCUUGCUCAUAGCUGGGGUGAAAGUCCAGUCAGUCUGUGGGAUGCCCUCCCCUGCUACUUGGGGAUCUCCUGUGGUUGGCCUAACCCAAGUUGAUAGGCUGCCCGAGACAUUGCAGGAGGCUGCUAUCCAUCCCUGGCGUCUGCCAACACCCAGAACAGUCUGGUUGUUUUCAGAAGGGUCAGUCUACUCAUUUGCAGCCACCAUCUAUGUGUUUGCUAAGAAAAUAGACCUGAGCCAUCUGCUUUACUUGGGCUAGGGAUUGGAAGCAAGCACCCAGCCUCUCUGGUUUGGUCUGGUCUGGUUUGGUCUGGUUUGGUUUGGUUUGGUUUGGUUUGGUUUGGUUUGGUUUGGUUUGGUUUUUCAAAGUAGAAGUCCAUCUGGGGCUGAAGCUCAGUCUGUGGUAAAGCACUGGCCUAGGGAGUAUGUGAGCCUCUUGGUUUGAUCCCCAGUGAUGGGGGGGGGGGGGGGGAUUAGGUACAAUCCCUUAAAUGUUGCAAGGAGCCAGAUGUGGUGGCACAUGCCUGUAAUCCCAGCACUUGGGAAGCAGAGGCAGGAAAAUCAGGACUUCAGGGUCAUCCUUAGCAUGAACAGGUAAAACCAGCUUGGACUAUGAGACUGUGUCUCAAAAACGAAUGAUGCCAGGUUGGGAUGUUAGAAUACUUGUAUAGCACAUACGAGGCACUGUGGUCUUUAAUCCUAGCACCGUAAAACAAGUAAACAGGUAAAUCAUUGAGUAAGAAAAAGAUGCAGAUGAAAUACUGUCUGUGUCCAUGUGCCCUUGAAAAUGAUGGCAAGAUGGAAUCUGCUGUCAGUUGUUAGAAAGGACAGCUGUAUCUAGAGGCAGAUCUGAGAGGAAGGUGGAUAUUUUGCACUUUUGAUACUACUAAGAACAAAUAAUUUAUUUGGCAAAUUGUGUCUUUUAUGUUUUAUGUUUUUCCUCUUGAGUUUUGUUUGAUUUUGUUAUUGUAUUGUGAACAAGCACUAAAGCUAAUGUUAUUUUAAGAAUAUUACAGACUGGAAACAAAUAAACUAUUUUAAUGUGUGA